CCCAGCUUUUCAACAACAACACCACCUUCUCACUUCUUUUAUCUUCCUCGGCCGGUCCGAUUUCGCUUCUUACAUUCCUAUUUUUUCACGGAUUCCUCAACGUCCCAACUCAAACAGCGUUCAAUAUGCGUUUCCUCAUUUCCCUCCUCUUUGCGUUCAUCGCAACUGCCGCUGCAUUCCCGGAACUCCAUUUCCUCGAGGCCCGCAAGCAUGGCAACGGUACUUCAAACGGAGGCGGGAAGAAGAACGGCACGGCAAAUUCAGUCAACAAGCAAUGCAGACAGAUGAGCAAGAUGGUCCAGCUCACCGAAUUGGCCGCCAACCAGACCAAGCUCGAUGCUCUUGUGUCCAAGGGCAAGCUGAACGCCACUGAGGUCCAAGUAAUCAAGGAUAAGGCAGCAAACGCCACAACGACCCUCAAGACCCUGCAAGCCAACACUACCCUUGUCGACGAAUGCAACGUUAUCGCCGCCAACCAACAAGUCAAGUCCCAGUGCUCAGCCAUGAAGAAGCUUGCUAAGACUGUCGCUCUCGCCAGUAACACGACUGCGAUGGAUGCUUUUGUCGCCAAGAAGAAGCUGAACGACACUCAAGUCACAAAAUUCAAGGAGCAGAUCUCCAAGGCACAGACCAAGCUCCAGGAAUUGCAAUCCAACACUACUCUCACCGAUCUUUGCGCACAACAGAAGUCGCAGAAGGGCGCGGACAACAGCGGUAGCUCCACCACCGGCGCUGCGGCCGAUUCAUCUUCGUCUACACCCAAGCAAGCCACUGGUGCCGCCAGUGCCUUGACCCUGCAGACGGUCCCUUACAUUUUCGUGCCGGCUCUGGCUGGUGUAUUCGCGUUUCUAUUGUAGAUGAAGCACCAACAGUGCUCUGGUUGAUCGGCACUCAGACGCGCGAUGCACAAAUAGGUCUACAUUAAAGUAUUCGCAAUGGUAGAGGCAUUAGGCCUGCCGAGAUACCCCUAUCAAUAUGGGAAAUCCGCAGAGGUAGCAUAACGACGAGAAGUGCUUGGAGGAGGGUGAUUUUCUGGGCGGAGCACUCGUUCAUGUAUAUUCAGUCUUAGAUUCCCCUUGCAUAUAUACCCAUC